UCCAGCAACCCAACAGCCCUGCGUCCUCCCACCUCCGCGAUCCUGAAGUUGGGUCCAGAGCCGUCUGCCCUCCUCCGCGGAGCCCAGGGAGGGAGACGGGAGCCCCACGGGCCUGGAGCGACUGUGUUCUCACCUGCCGCCAUGGCCCAACCCGAGAGUGGGGGCCCCGGGGGUCCCCGAGUCCCAGGGCGCAGAGCUGGGGCGCAGCUCGGUGGGUGGCUGCAGCGGAGGACUGGUGGCGUGGGGCGCCGCGGAGGGGAAGGGAGGGGACUUCCCGAAACCCGGGAGGGGAAGCUGCGCGGGCGGAAGUCGGCCCGAGGGCGCGCGGCGGGGGGACCGCCGGGGCCGGGCCGGGGGCGGGGGGACCGCCGGGGCCGGGCCGGGGGCGGCGGGCCCGGCGCGCGGCCCCUCCUCCGCCUUCCCGCAGCGCUCCCCCCCAUGCCCUCGCCGCCCGGCCAGGCCCCGGCCCUGGCCCCACGCGGCCGCCCCGGCCGGGAGCUGCUGCGGGAACCGCGGGGCCGGGGGGGCGGGGGGCCGGGGGGGACGCCCGCCGCACACCUGCGCGCCCGCCCCUGCCCCGCCGGGCUGCGGGGCGCCGACCGCGGCGCCCUCCCCGCGCUUUCACUUCCCCGCGGCGGAGGAAGCGGAACCAGAUGCGCAGCCGGCGCCCGCCCGCCUCCGCCCGCGCCGCCCCGCCCGGUCCGGCCCCUACCUGCCGGCCCGCGGCUCCCGGGCUCCCGGCCCGCGGGCCGGGCGGGGCGGCUCGGAGGCGGGCGGCUGGCGGGCUACCCGGUCCCGGACAUGGCGCCGGGCUCGGCUCGCUCCCGCCGGGCGGCGGACGGAGGGACAGGCGGCCGGGGCGCCGCGCCGCACUCGUCCGCGCGCCCCGCUUUCCCGGAGCCCCUCACCCACCCCCCCCCCAACCCCGCACCCCCGGCCGUGACCCCGUCGCGCCCGCCCGGCGCCUGCAGCGCGACCCCUGGCGGCCGGGAGGGCCCCCUGCACGUAGGCCGCCGGGCCUGGUCACAUGUGGCCCAGGAGGCCCCGGCAGGCUGCGCCGACCCUGUGACACCCCUACUUCCAGGUUUAGGGGACACUGCAUUCCCUGUUGGCUUCGGCCACAAGCUCUCAGUUCCCUUUUCUGAAAAAGACAAGGGCUUUGGAAAGAGGAAGAGGAGAGGCCGGCAUCGUGGGGUGUAGGGAAAGCAGGGGGGCAGGGGAGCCGAAGGGGACACCACUCCCUUGACUGGCUCUCCCCGGACCCAGCCUGAGUCCUGCCUGGCAUCCACAAUUGGUGUGAAAGCCUUCUGGCAGCCAGCUGCCCCUGGGUAGACUUCGGACUGCCAUCUCAGCCAUCGGCCACCUCCUCACCCGGAACUCACUGCCAGGCCUCAGCACUGCGCCUGGCCAGCCAGGGCCCCCUGUCCCCACGUUCAGCCUAGCCUGGGCAGGUGGGGUGGGAGGGCACGCGAGGGGCACAUGUGCUGCCCUGGGAGUCCUCAUCCAGCCUGGACGCCCAAGUUCAACGCUGGGUACAGAUUGUGAGGCUGAGGCCCCUCCACAAACCACAACAGCGCUGAGAAGAGGGCCCCAGGACCCUCUAAACCCCCAGAUACAUAUCCAACAAUAGAAACCACGCCAAAGCUUGAUAUGAUUUUUUUAUUAACAUAUAAUAUAUUUAAUAAAAAAUAAUAUCCA